CACUUCUCUUCGCACUUCGCAGAACGAGUAAUAUCGCAGCCGUCCUCGUCUUCACUCCCGCUGCCGCCAUGGUGAAGUACUCGAAAGAGCCCGAGAACCCGACCAAGUCUUGCAAGGCUAGGGGUUCUGAUCUCCGUGUUCAUUUCAAGAACACAAGGGAGACAGCGUUUUCCAUCAGGAAGUUGUCAUUGGUGAAGGCCAAAAGUUACUUGGAGGAUGUCAUUGCCCACAAGCAGGCAAUUCCUUUCAGGAGAUUUUGCCGUGGUGUUGGCCGAACUGCUCAGGCUAAGAACAGGGGGCACCCCAAUGGACAGGGUCGUUGGCCCGCUAAGUCUGCUAAGUUUGUCCUUGAUUUGUUGAAGAAUGCAGAGAGCAACGCCGAGGUUAAAGGUUUGGAUGUGGAUGCUCUGUACAUUUCGCAUAUUCAGGUGAAUCAGGCUCAGAAGCAAAGACGUCGUACCUACCGUGCACAUGGAAGAAUCAACCCUUAUAUGUCCAGUCCUUGCCACAUUGAGCUCACUUUGUCCGAGAAGGAAGAACCUGUCAAGAAAGAGCCCGAGACUCAGGUGGCAACUACCGGCAAAUCAAGGAAGUCCCAGGCUUUGCGAAGUGGUGCAUCUUCUUAAGCUUGUUCCUACCAUCCUGUGUUGUUUAUCAUUUCGGAGAGUUUUGGUUUUGUCCCAUCUAUUAUAGAGCUGGGAGAAGUUUUAUUUAGAAGGAAGCGAAUCGAACUUGAUGAAUUCUUUGGAUCUUUGUCAAUCCCCCUUUUAUUGUUCUAUCAGUAAUUUUGUCGCCAAUAUCGUUGUUUUGCCUGCCCUCUACCAAGUUAUGUUUUGCCAAUCUAAAUGAGUGCUCGUCUCAAUUGCGUAGCUGGAAUGAAGCUUCUAGCAUGUCAUGCUUCUCUUGUCACUUGGGAGAUGUUACUUGACUUUUAGUCUUUAGCUCGUUAUUUUCGACAACUUAAUGAGAUGGAAGAUGAAUUCGUCCCCGGAGUUCUUCAUUUUUUUUACUUUUGUGUGUAUGUUGAAACCCCUAAGGUCUAACAAUGCGACGCUAGUUGUAACUUGUAAGGUGUGGUCUUCUUCCUAAUCGGUAGUUUAAUGCAGUUCAAUGAAAUUAGUUGAAGUUA